UUCAAGAUGCUAACUUGAAAUUUCAAGAUGCUAACUUGAAAUUUCAAGAUACUUACUUGAAAUUUCAACAUAUUAUGCUUUCUCGGAAUGCAUAUAUAUUGUGUACAUGUUCUGUCAGUUUAUUACACAAGUGACGGCAGGUGGUUGUGGUGACAAAAUGGAUUGUAUAACACUCAUUUGUACAUACUUCUCCCUUGGACUGACGAACAACGAAAUACUGUGUUUCCUCGCCCAGGAUCACAAGAUGAUUAUAAGCAACAGAACUUUAAAACGAUGUCUAUCCAAGUGUAAGUUGUUUCGGAGAAAACAAUGCACAGACAUUCAGCAAGUUGUUUUGUAUAUUUUGAACGAGUGUGACUCUUCUGGUCGGCAACACGGAUACCGUUGGAUGCAUCGUAUGUGUCAGGAAAAGGGCUAUGUUGUAGACAAAGAGACCGUUCGAUGUUUACUUCCUAUCAUAGAUACUGAUGGAGUCAACUGUCGCAAAAAGCGUGCAUUAGUACAUCGAACCUAUAUCUCGUCAGGACCAAAUUCUGUACGGCACAUGGAUGGUUACGAUAAACUGAAACCCUACGGUAUCUGCAUACACGGAUGCAUUGAUGGCUUUUCAAGGUAUGUUAUUUGGCUUGAAGCUUGGGUGACAAAUAAUGACCCUAAGGUCAUCACUGGCUACUAUACUGAAGCUGUAAGAAGACUAAACGGAUGUCCUGAACGAGUUCGAUCGGAUCUGGGAAGCCAACAUACUGAUAGAUUCUCAGGUAACAAGAGUUUCCUUUGUGGUUCCAGUCACACAAACCAAAGGAUAGAGUCGUGGUGGUGUAUUCUCAGGAAGCAAUGGGCACAGUUCUGGAUGGAUCUCUUCAAACAGAUUACGGAUGACGGCUAUUUUGCAGGCGAUUUCAUAGACAAGAAUCUUGUACAGUUCUGUUUUUCUGCGAUGUAUACAGGAUGAACUCAGAAGUCUGGCACACACAUGGAAUUUUCAUCAUAUGAGAGCCAACAAGAAAACCCCACCAGGUCUGCAUGGUAAACCAGCAGUGUUGUCUUCGUUACCAACAUUUUACGACAAGGCAGACCACGUCAAAACUGUCGACCCAGAGGUUCUGCUACAGUGUGAGGAAGUGGCCACCACACGUGACAUGCGAAUGACCCAAUACUGUUUGAGUUGUGUGCUCUGAUCAUGGAGGAAAAACAGCUGCAGUUUCCAGAUGAUAAGACUAAAUUAAGUGAACUGUAUUUAACACUCAGGAGAGAAAUACGACAAGAACUGUUUCUGAAUUAACUUCUAAGUGACCGAGAUAAUGAACAAUAUCAUUAUCAUAAUAACAGGACGAUUUCCCCCGAUCUGUAAAAGGAAAGAUCAAACUAGAUAUUGUUCUUUUACAUCUGAGUAAUUUAUAUUUGUCCCUUUCUGUUGACAGUGAUUGUUAUAACGCCGCAUCAGUAGGUUAGCGACGAACUUAAUGAUAAAAUAUGCCCAAACUCUGUGACAUAAUAAAAAUAAACAAUUUGAAAGA